GGGGCCGGAGUGCGGAGAGGGUCGGAGGCCGGGCGCUGGAGUUCCGGGGAUCCCCCCAGGCCGCUCGGCCCGCCCCACCCCAUCGCAGCCCGGCCCUGCCCACCCAGCCCGGCCGAAGGUCGGCGCUCGGCCACUAGCUCGACUGUCCAGGGAGGGCGGAUUUCGGGCUGAACUGUCGCCCCCACGCCGGGCCUGGAUGUCCCUCCUGCCCUGGCCUCCCGCCCUUCGCCACCACCCCUAGCCUCUCUGAUUGAGCUCGGAGUCCCGGAGAGGAUUAAGCCUGCCCAUCUGCAGAGUGGCUGGCAUCCCUUCUAUCCACCUUCCCAGGGGCCUUCUGGGCUGGGCAACUCUCCUGCUCUCUGCUUAGAGGAGGAGGGAAGGACCUGGGGACACAGGGGGGGCUCCCUUUAUCAAGGAGGCCACCAUAGGUGGCAGGAGCCACAGUCUGGGGCACUCCUGAUGUCAGAAGUAAGUGGGCAGGUUGACUUACCACGGACAUCUCCCAAAAUCGGCAUGAACUCCAGGAUCCCAUCUGCUCGAAGCUGGUUCAGCAGCCACCCACCCACCACUGAGCCUGACCUGGAGCCUGCCACUGAUGGACCCACCUCUGAGACCCUCAGCCCAGAAGCCACAAGCUUCAAUGACACUAGAAUUUCUGAUACAGCUAGUGGUGCAGCCGGUGUGGGUACCAUGCUUCUGUCCUUUGGGAUCAUCACAAUGAUUGGCCUGGCUGUGGCCAUGGUUUUCUACAUCAGGAAGAAGAAGAGGCUGGAGAAACUACGCCACCAGCUCAUGCCUAUGUACAACUUUGACCCCACAGAGGAGCAAGAUGAACUGGAGCAGGAGCUGCUGGAGCAUGGGCGGGAUGCAGCCUCUUUGCAGGCAACGCAAAGCAAGAGCACUCUUCCCUCCCAGGGCUCUCUGCAGAGGCCCAGCCGACUGGUGUUUACUGACGUAGCCAAUGCCAUCCACGCGUGAGUGGCCUGAGGUCAGGCCUGGACCUCUGAUAAAGACACCUGCCACACCACCCACAGAGCCACCCACUCACUAUCUGAUUGUCAAGACUAUUUUCAGGACCUGCCCUACCAAGACAGAAAAAGGCUGGCCAGCCCCAGCUGUUCUGCGGACCCACCUGCUGACUCUCCAAGCUGGCCAUCUGGCCACUGACCUCUCCUGACCCAACAGCCCUGGCAUGGAGGGCAUCCUUCAUGCUAGGCAGAUCCAGAGCCACUGCUGGCUUCCUUUUCUCCUGGCCACACCCCUCACAUCAAUGCCUGCUUCUCUAAUGUGGAAGAAAUGGGGAGAGGAAGGCUCCCCUCUGCCAGGGAGAGACAUGGUUUCUUGAAUCUGGGACUUCCUUUGGGUUGAAAGAGACCACUACCCAGGUCAUGGAGACAGGGUAGGACAGCACCUGUUAUAGCCCCUGAGAGGCCCAGGAUGGAGCUGAAACUUCCGGUAGGCAAGAUGCCAGAAGAGCUGCUCAUACCCAAGGUCCAUCAAUUACAGAGUAUCCAUGAGGUCUCCCAGCCACCUAUCCCAAGUAGCCAGCUGUCUGCUGUGCCCAAGGAUGGGUGGAAACGGAGAAGGAAUUGGGGGAAAGGACGUGGAGGGAUGUAGCCCUGAGACUUACUGAGAGGCCUCACGUACAUACACUAUUGGGCCCAGAAGCAGACACAUGCCUGUCCCAGUACAGAGUUAGGGGACAGGAUGGAGACCUCUGCAUUGGCUCCACCCUCCAGACCCACCUCCAUGCCAUUGUAUGCAGUAGGGCAUCAGGGUAGGCCACUUCCUCUGACUUCUGCAAUCAGGAGUGACAAGGAAGAGGGAAGCAAGGCCAGAUUCGGUCGUCCACUGCAUUUCUUCACUGGGCUCUAUUCUUCACUGGGCUCCCUGUCCAUAUCAGGAUCUGGGGCUCAAGAAGAGGUCUGAGGGCAGUAAUCCUAGGCUGUAGGCUAAUGGAGAAGUUCCUUCUACCUGAAAUGGGGUCCCUUUUGGGAAAAGAACCUAAGAAGCCUAGUCUAUGUUUUAAUUUUACCCCAUCUGUAUGGGAAGAUCUCAGUGUUUGUCGAGUGGGGAAGAAGGUCUCUGUACUUGGGCUCCUCUUUAGCAUUGGAGGGUAGCAGCUGAUGCCAGUGGGAUUUGGGCAGGGCAUUGGGCAGGACAGACCUCAAGGACUGGGCGUGCAUGCACUCAUGAGUGUUCACAGAGGCAUGUUCCCAUGCCCUGCCUCACCACCAUCACUGUUCUCCUCUGCUCAGAGGGGACAUAGGGUGGCACAAACGGAUCUUCCAUUGGACAAAUACCAUGCAUCAGGAAGUGACAGCCUAGGAGGCCCUGUGGGGAAGGUUCUUAAUUUAUUCGCUCCUCUAGAUGCUAUAAAUACAUUAGCACUUGGGCAACUGGAGGACUAUGAGUAAUUUAGGAUGCACAAAAAGCUGUAAUUUAACUCACAGUAUCUCUAUGUGAGAGCAUUAAAGAUGUAAUUAAGAUGUUUA